AUGUACAGUAGUAAAAAUUCAAUUUUGCUUCUCGGAAUUACAAUAUCCCUAGUUCUUCUUUGGUGUACAGUUCAACCAUCAUAUGCUGAUACAAAUGAAGAACAUCAUGUUGUUCAUAGUUCUGAAGAAGAUGAUAAUAUCGAUGGUGAAAUUGAUGAAAUUGAUGAUUUAUAUCGUCGUGCAUCCUUACGGCCUUAUGGUUUACAACAACGUGCAUCACUUCGACCAUUUGCUGGUAAACGAGCAUCACUUCGACCUUUCGCUGGUAAACGUGCAUCACUUCGACCUUUCGCCGGUAAACGUGCAUCACUUCGACCAUUUGCUGGUAAACGAGCAUCAUUACGUCCAGCAAAUUUUGUUGGCAAACGAAAACGUCGAAAUAUUUUAUUCUAUGAUGAAUAA